AUGGUUGCUACCGAGAUUCCUCAGCACUACACUGCCUCUCCCUCGUCGCAUAUUGGCACCCCUCAUUUGACCAUCAACAAGGAGGCUACUAUCGAUCUCGACUCUACCAACUCUUUCGAGGGUCCCGAGAAGCUCCUCGAAGUAUGGUUCAGCGCUUCCGCUACUGAACUGCCUGGACAGGCCGGUCCAACUGGACUGAAGAAGGUGUCGGCGGAUACCUGGAAGGACAUGCUCGAUCUGGUCAACUGCAAGGUUCUCUCCGUUAUCGAGUCUGAACAUGUCGAUGCCUACCUUUUGUCCGAAUCGAGCAUGUUCGUCUUCCCCCACAAGGUCGUGCUCAAGACCUGCGGAACUACAACCCUGCUCUGGGGCCUCAGUCGCAUGCUGGAGAUUGCUGCAGACGCCGGCUUCCCUUACGUUGCCCCCAAGGCAUCCGGCAUCGCGCCAGCCGCCACACCAUACCGCGUCUUCUACAGCAGGAAGAAUUACCUCUACCCUGAUCAGCAGCGUGGACCCCACCGCAGUUGGCGUGAUGAGGUUCGCUACCUCGACGACCGCUUCCAGGGUGGCAGUGCCUACAUGAUUGGCAAGAUGAACGGCGAACAUUGGUACCUCUACAUCACCGGUCCAGACACCAGCCUUACUCCCCCUCCCAGCCCUGGUGAGGAGAAAGCUGCGCCUGACACCGAGACCAAAUUUGUGAGCCACCCCCAGCGCAUGUUGCGCGAGCAGGCCACCGACGAGGAAGAGGACGAGACUCUGGAAAUCCUGAUGACCGACCUCGACGAGAAGAACGCUCGUCAGUUCUAUCUUGAGGACGCAAGUGCGGUUGCGGAAGGUCGCUACAUUCAGAGGGCUCGUGAAGCUCGCAAGAACGCCAUCCAAUCUCUCGGCACCAUUGCGGAAGAAAAUGGUCACAGCGAGAGUCUCGGCGGCUCUACCGUUCUCAAUUCCGCUGCCAACACUCACACCUCUGAUGACAGCUUCGACGUGUUUGAGCAGACGUCUUCCGACCACUCUGGUUUCAACUCUGAAGAGGAGCUCACGUUCCCUGAGGAGCUGACUACCGAGGGUCAUGCGCUCGGCACUGUCGUCUCUGAGCAUUGCGGAUUGGCUGAUGUUUACCCCACCUCCAAGUACCCUGACGCUCGCAUCGAUGCCUAUCUCUUCACGCCCUGUGGCUUCUCUGCCAACGGUGUUAUUCCUGCUCCGGGCGGUGCUCCCAACGGCUCCAAGAAAGGCUCUGAUGCUACACACUACUUCACCGUACACGUUACACCAGAGCCUCAGUGCUCCUACGCCUCCUUCGAGACUAACGUGCCUGCCCACCAGACCGGCAGAGAGACUGCUGACGUGGUCGAGCAUGUAGUCGGUAUCUUCAAGCCUGGCAGGUUCAGUGUCACCCUCUUCGAGGCCAAGCCUACUGCCGAUGAGAUGCCUGGCAAGAAUGUCGAGAAGGCGAAGAGGAUGGAGACAAUUGCGGGAUACCGUCGUGUUGACCGCAUUGUGCAUGACCUGGAUGGCUACGACCUGGUCUUCAGGUACUACGAGCGUGACGAUUGGAAGGGCGGAAAGCCCCGGCUCGGUGAGAUCUUCUAG